GUUGCUAGUACAUUUUAGCUGUAUUUAGAAAUUAUUUAAUUUUGUCACUUAAUGUCUUUCAGUGAGCCUGUAUUAUAAAUGGAGAUGGAUGAUGAACUUGAGAAAUUCAUCCAGCAACAGAAGGCCAGAGUGGCAGAGGAUAAAGCCAGCUUGGAACGGGAUCCACCUUACCUUGAAAUAAGGGUGUGUUUCAAUACUCCUUUUUUACUGUGGUGCUAGAAUACUGAAAAUGUUGGACUUGGACAUGGGUGCAAUGCAUGCUACUUUGUGUUUGGUGACAGCUGAGCAAAUUAUUGCAAUUUUCUGACCUGUGACUGGAUUUUACUGAUCAACAGACAGAAGACCACAAGGCCCAUGACCCCACACUCACAAAUAUCCCGACAUUUAAGUCGUCCACAGCACAAGGGAAGGGUACAGUAUAGAUUUGAAGUUAUGAACCCAAUUUGUUAGCACUUUGUGGUAGAUCUAAAUCCUGACUGUUGGGAGGUCUUUUUAUUUCAUGUAUGCCAUCCUGUUUUUCAGAGGAGAAUUGUUGUGUAAGUUUACCUUUGGGUGAAGACUAUGAGAGGAAGAAACAGAAGUUACAGCAAGAGCUCCGUCUGGACUACAGAUGCUACAUGGCUCAGGUAAUAAUAUUACCAAUGCCAAAAGUUAUGUUGUUUUUACUACUUUGUAAUCUGUCAGCAUCCAUGCAUGGGCCACAAGAUUUACUUGAGAGUGCAAUAAACAAGAUCACUGGAAUGGUACGGGUGCAAGGAGUCAGUGCAGUUUUCUUCCAAAUAUUUUUCAACCAAUAAACGUAUUUAACAAUAAUCUCUGCUUUGGGCUGAUUUGGCCAAUUUUGUCCCUUAAUUAUAGAAAAAACAUCUCAAUGCUGCUGAACCAGACCCAUCCCUUCCCCUUGGUGAGAGCAGAGCUGCUAAGGUAACCUAGACAGUUCUGCAUAUAGCCUAUAUUAUACCAUGCUCAGUCAACUGAGGCCGCUUAGAGUUCAUUCCAACCAGUCAAAUCAGACAGCCAAGUGCUUAUGAGAGAGAGAGAGAGAGAGCUGGUAAACUUUAGACCUCAGGUCAUCUUAAACAUGUCUCAGUAAAUGAAGAGAACAUGCUCAACUCUAUCUUCUUCUGCAAGUAAAAAGGGUGCUUGGAACCAAAAGUCGAUCAUCUUUAAACUGUCCUUUCCCCCUCAUACAUACAGGAGCAGCUUGCUUCUCUCAGAGCUCCUCCAGACCUCCCUGUUGUCCACUGCAGCCCCAGACCCCCGGUGCACCCCAAGCGGGCCCCCUCCAGGAGAGACGCAGACACGCUGACAGAGGGAAGGAGGGGGCUGCAUAAGGGAGGACGCUGCCUAGUGGAUGGCAGGAAGAUGGAGGGCAUGUGGCCUGAGGAUGAGCUGCUGCUUCCCAGAGAGAGGGCCAGGCUGGUGAGAGUGAACUUUGACUCUGAGGAGGACCUCACAGAGGAAGAGCUGGACCUGAUGGUGAGAAGGAGACCAAAACAGAUGGGGCUAGAGAGAGUAGAAGAGCGGACGUGGCAAAGAAGACACUACAAAACAGACUUAAGGUAUUUUUUUACACUUCCUAUGUGAUUCAAAUAAAGUAUAAAUAAAUAUCAGAACGAGCAAUGUCAGAGUCCAGAAUAUAAAUAGAAAGUAUUCACACUUGACCUUUUCCUAAUUUUGUUGUUACAAAAUGGGAUUAAAAUUGAUUUAAUUUUCGUUUUUUGUCAACGAUCUACACAAAAUACUUUAAUGUCAAAGUGGAAGAAAAAUGCUAGCUUUUUUAAAUUUAAUGGAAAUAAAACACAAAUAUAUUUUAUUAGAUAAGUAUUCAACCCCCUGAGUCCAUACAUGUUAGAAUCAACUUUGGCAGCGAUUACAGCUGUGAGUCUUUCUGGGUAAGUCUCUUAAGAGCUUUGCAAACCUGGAUUGCACAAUAUAUCCCCAUUAUUCUUUUUAAAAUUCUUCAAGCUCUGUCAAGUUGGUUGUUGAACAUUGCUAUACAGCCAUUUUCAAGUCUUGCCAUAUAUUUUCAAGCGAUUUAAGUCAAAACUAGGCCACUCAGGAACAUUCAAUGUCAUCUUGGUAAGUAACUCCAUUGUAUAAUUGGCCUUGAGUUUUAGUUUAUUGUCCUGCUGAAAGUGGAUUAGUCUCCCAGUGUCUGUUGGAAAGCAGACUGAACCAGGUUUUCCUCUAGGACUUUGCCUGUGCUUAGCUCUAUUCCUUUUCUUUUUAUAAAAAAAAAAGAAGCUCCCUAGGCCUUGCCGAUGAUGAGCAUACCCAGAACAUGAUGCAGCCACCACCAUGUUUGAAAAUAUGAAGAGUGGUACUCAGUGAUGUGUUGUGUUGGAUGUGCCCCAAACAUAAUGCUUUGUAUUCAGGACAAAAAAGUAAAUUCUUUGCCACAUUUUUUGCAGUUUUACUUUAGUGCCUUAUUGCGAACAGGAUGCAUGUUUUGGAAUAUUUUUAUUCUGUAUAGGCUUCCUUCUUUUCAUUCUGUCAUUUAGGUUAGUAUUACGGAAUAACUACAAUGUUGUUGAUCCAUCCUCAGUUUUCUCCUAUCAAACUCUGUAACUGUUUUAAAAUCACCAUUGGCCUCAUGGUGAAAUCCCUGAGUGGUUUCCUUCCUCUCCGUCAACUGAGUUAGGAAGAACGCACGUAUCUUUGUAGGGACUUGGUGUAAUUAAGAACUUCACUAUGGUCAAAGGGAUUUUCAAUGUGUUCUUUUAUUUUAAAUCUACCAAUAGGUGCCCUUCUUUGCGAGGCAUUGGAAAACCUCCCGGGUCGUUGUGGUUAAAUCUGUGCUUGAAAUUCACAGGCUUGCCAUAACAAAGGGGUUGAAUACUUAUUGACUCAAGACAUUUCAGCUUUUCAUUUUUUAUUAAUUUAUAAAAAUGUCUAAAAAUAUAAUUCCACUUUGACAUUAUGGAGUAAAGAACCCCACAGUGGAGGUGUCAUAAUACCCAUAAAACAUAGCGGUCAAACAGGGAAUUGGUUCCAAUCAUUUUUCCUCCAUUCAUUUUUCCCAUGGAGAAUUUUUGAAACACUUAAAAUAAGGGCUGUGUUUCGUGUAGGCUUACCCUGCCGUGACGUUUUGAUAACCAUGUAAAUCUCUCUCGGACAAGGUGACUUUUAUCAAUAUAUUGAUAAGUCACCAAUGGUGACUUUUAGACAAUAUAUUAAUAGAAAAGGUGUGUACAGCAGUAGUUGUAUAGGAUGAGACAUGACUAGAAUACAGUAUAUACAUAUAAAGUGGGUAAAACUGUAUAUAAACAUUAUUAAAGUGACCAGUGUUCAAUGACUAUGUACAUAGGGCAGCAGUCUCUACGGUGCAGGGUAGAGUACCGGGUGGUAGCCGGCUAGUAACAGUGACUGAGGUUCAGGGCAGGGUACUAGGUGGAGGCAGGCUAGUGAUGACUGUUUAACAGUCUGAUGGCCUUGAGCUAGAAGCUGUUUUUCAGUCUCUCGGUCCCAUCUUUGAUGCACCUGUACUGUCUCUGCCUCCUAGAUGGUAGCGGGGUGAACAGGCCGUGGCUUGGGUGGCUGGGGUCCUUGAUGAUCUUCUUGGCCUUCCUGUGACACCGGGUGCUGUAGAUGUCCUGGUGGGCAGGAAGUGUGCCCCCGAUGAUGCGUUGGGCUGACCGCACCACCGCCCUCUGGAGAGCCCUGCGGUUGCAGACGUUGCAAUUGCUGUACCAGGCAGUGAUACAGCCCGACAAGAUGCUCUCAAUGGUGCAUAUGUAGAAGUUUGUGAGGGUCUUGGGGGGCCAAGCCGAACCUCUUCAUUCUCCUGAAGUUGAAGAGGUGAUGUGGUGCCGCCUUCACCACACUGUGUGAAGGCAACAUUUCAGGUCGUCAGUGAUGUGCACGCCAAGGAAUUUGAAGCUUUUGACCCUCUCCACUGCGGCCUCGUCGAUGUGGAUGGGGAUAUGCUCUCUGCUGUCUCCUGUAGUCCAUGAUCAGCUCCUUCUUUUUGUUGACGUUGAGGGAGAGGUUAUUUUCCUGGCACCACUCAACCAGGGCUCUCAUCUCCUCCCUGAAGGCUGUCUCGUCGUUGUUGGUAAUCAGGCCUACCACUAUUGUGUUGUCAGCAAACUUGAUGAUUGAUUUGGAGAUGUGCGUAGCCACGCAGUCAUGGGUUAACAGGGAGUACAGGAAAGGGCUGAGCACGCACCCCUGUGGGGCCCCUGUGUUGAGGAUCAGCAUGGUGGAGGUGUUGUUGCCUACUUUCACCACUUGGGGUCGGCCCAUCAGGAAGUCCAGGACCCAGUUGCAUAGGGAGGGGUUCAGACCCAGGGUCCUGAGCUUGUGAUGAGCUUGGAGGGCACUAUGGUGUUGAAGGCUGAGCUGUAGUCGAUGAACAGCAUUCUUACAUAGGUAUUUGUCUUGUUCAGGUGGGAUAGGGCAGUGUGCAGUGCAAUGGUGAUUGCGUCGUCCGUGGAUCUGUUGGGGCGGUAUGCAAAUUGUAGUGGGUCUAGGGUGUCGGUUAAGGUGGAGUUGAUAUGGUCCAUAACUCUCAAAGCAAUUCAUGAUGACAGAUGUGAGUGCUACGACGUGAUAGUCAUUUAGUUCAGUUAACUUAGCUUUCUUGGGUACAGGAACAAUGGUGGACAUCUUGAAGCAAGUGGGGACAACAGACUGGUACAGUGCUAUGAAAAAGUAUUUGCCCCCUUUCUAAUUUUCUCUACUUUUGCAUAUUUGUGAUACUGCAUGUUAUCAGAUCUUCAACCAAAACCUAAUAUUAGAUAAAGGGAACAUAAGUGAACAAAUAACACAACAAUUACAUAUUUAUUUCACUUAUUACAUAAACAAAGUUAUGCAACACCCAAUUCCCCUGUGUGAAAAAGUAAUUGCCCCCUUACACUCAAUAACUGGUUGUGCCACCUUUAGCUACAAUGACUCCAACCAAAUGCUUCCUGUAGUUGUUGAUCAGUCUCUCACGUCACUGUGGAGGAAUUUUGGCCCACUCUUCCAUGCAGAACUGCUUUAACUGACGUGUUGGUUUUCAAGCAUGAACUGCUCGUUUCAAGUUCUGCCACAACAUCUCAAUUGGGAUUAGGUCUGGACUUUGACUAGGCCAUUCCAAAACCUCAAAUUUGUUGUUUUUUAGCAAUUUUCAUGUAGACUUGAUUGUGUGUUUUGGUUCAUUGUCUUGCUGCAUGACCCAGCUGCGCUUCAGCUUCAGCUCACAGACGGAUGGUCUGACAUUCUCCUGUAGAAUUCUCUGAUACAGAGCAGAAUUCAUGGUUCCUUCUAUUAAGGCAAGUCGUCCAGGUCCUGAGGCAGCAAAGCAUCCCCAAACCAUCACACCACCACCACCAUGCUUGACCUUUGGUAUGAUGUUCUUACUGUGGAAUGCAGAGUUUGGUUUUGGAAUGGCCUAGUCAAAGUCCAGACCUAAUCUCAAUUGAGAUGUUGUGGCAGGACUUGAAACGAGCAGUUCAUGCUUGAAAAGCCACACGUCACUGAGUUAAAGCAGUUCUUCAUGGAAGAGUGGGCCAAAAUUCCUCCACAGUGACGUGAGAGACUGAUCAACAACUACAGGAAGCAUUUGGUUGGAGUCAUUGCAGCUAAAGGUGGCACACCAGUUAUUGAGUGUAAGAGGGAAAUUACCUUUUCACACAGGGGAAUUGGGUGUUGCAUAACUUUGUUUAUGAAAUAAAUAUGUAAUUGUUGUGUUAUUUGUUCACUUAUGUUCCCUUUAUCUAAUAUUAGGUUUUGGUUGAAGAUCUGAUAACAUUCAGUAUCACAAAUAUGCAAAAGUAGAGAAAAUUAGAAAGGGGGCAAAUACUUUUUCAUAGCACUGUAUAUGGAGAGAUUGAAUAUGUCCAUAAACACUCCAGCUAGCUGGUCUGCACAUGCUGAGGACGCGGCUGGGCUGGCAGCCCUGUGAGGGUUAACACGCUUAAAUGACCACGGCGAACGAGAGCACACAGUCCUCGUGAGCGGCGGGGGCCCGUGUCAGCAGCUCAAUGUUUUCCUCCAAGCGGGCGAAGAAGGUGUUUAGCUUUUCCGGGAGCGAGGCGUCGGUGUCUUCCACAUGGUUAGCUUUCCAUUUAUAAUCUGUGAUUGUCUGCAGUCCCUGCCACACAUGUCUCGUGUCUGAGCCGUUGAAUUGUUACUCCACUUUGUCCCUGUACUGUGGUUUAGCCUCUUGAUUUACGGAGGUCAAAGGCGGUCUGUUUGUACACGACCAUGUUCCUAGUCACGUUGCCAUGGUCAUGCAAUUCUUGACAUGAGUAAGUACAAAUAUAUCAUAUUUCUUUUCUUAACUGAGUAACAAACAAAGCAAAAGGCACAAAAACAUACAAUAUUAAAAUAAUAUUAAAACAAUUCACAUUAUAUCCCCUCCCUCCACCCAUUCCCUGUUGGCCCAAGUUGUUAAUGAUGUUACACUUACCUUUAAUGGAUUCCGUUUUUAGCUAUGUAAUUGGUUAACUAUUUCUACUGACAUGGUAUUUGCUAUAUGUUUUUAUGUCUGUUUGAAAAAGUAUUGUUCAUCUUCUUCCUAUUUUUUGCCCAGGGACAUAUCAAGGCUCCGGAACAGGGGUGCUGAACUGCCUGAUGACUACACAGAGAGUAGUCAAUAUGCAGACAGGAAGGAGACUAACGGGUCUGUUGCUCCUGAUGAGGAUUAUUCGGAGGCACGCCGGGGGACAUCAUCUGUAACCCCCAAACCCAAGUACGUCAAGUAGUAUUGAAUAACUAUACCUAUAAUUUUGAUAACUCAAACUUCCAAAGGAUUCUGCUAAAACCAAUUUGGACAAGUGAACACGAUUUGAUUGCCAUGUCUCUUUUUGUUAUGGAUUUUAUAAAGCAUCUCUAUGUAAAGUAAAUGUAUGUAAACAGUAGACAAAGUAUCUACUCUAAUCUAAUCUGGAUAAAACAUUUUAUUUUUUCAAUUUUAAGGGACAUUGGAUGGAAAAGUACAGAUGAAAGGUCUGAUGUCACACUGUACCCGGAUCAUGGCUUGUUGAAGCUUCUUGUGCCAGCUAUUCGUAGAGAUUUAGAUUCCGCUCCUACAAUAAGAUCAUAUUAAAACCCAUAGCCAGCCUGAAAUCAGACAAACCGAUAGUGGACUGUAAGCGUGUUUUACCCUUAUAGAGCUUCACUCACACAAUUCAACCCCUCGCUCACUAAACGAACAUUGAAGAAUACAGAGAGAUAAUUGUCUGUGAGGUAUGAUGAGUGUACUGUGAGUGCUGAUUGACGUCCUAUCUGCCAGGCUGCAGGUACCAGCAGGGAUGAGACCAAGUGGAAGAUCCAGAUCCUCUACCAAGAAGGAAGAGCUUGAAUUCGCUACCGGGCUGAUGAUUGGUAAGACCAACUCUGUUCUGAAGUUCAAUACUAAGAUUAAAACGACAUUGUUUUUUUCUGGACUAAUUGAACAUUUGAUGAUAUUCUUCUAAAAUGCGGUGACAUGGCAUGAUCUGACAGGGGCUGCAGAUGCAGAUGCUGCCUUGCAGGGAAGGAAGGAGAGGUACAGGCAGGAGCUGCAGGAGCAGAUAGCUGAACAGCAGAGGAAUAAGAAGAGGUGGGUGUCAAUAUCUGUGUUUGAUUCUGCUGUCUGAUAAAGAACAAACCCUUACAUUUUCCAUCUUAGUCAGAUGGGCUACAUUUUAGCAGCUUUGUAGUCUGAGGUAGAUUUGUUUAUAAGGCUGCCUUUACACAGGCAGCCCAAUUCUGAUAUUAUGACCAAUCAGAUCAGAUCUUUUGCCAAUAAUUAUUGAAAUAGCAUGGGGUGACGAGAAAAACAUUUGAAGGCCAAGUGGCAAACAAUAAUGCAGGUACUAGGGAUGGGGGUGUGAGCAUGCGGGUCUGGGCAGAUGAGAGGAAGUCAUUGGUUGUGUGCGUCUGUAAGUUGUUGUUCAUAUGUAUACGUUUGUAUAUGGAGUAAAAUAAAUAAAUAAAUAAAUAAAUAAAUAAAUAAAUAAUAAUAAAAUGAAAAUAAUUUUAAAGAAUAUCAGAUUUGGGCUGCCCGUGUAAACGCAGCUUAUAAACAAAUCUACCUCUGACCACAAUGAUGCUAAAAUGUGUCUAUGUAGAUCAUGUAGCCCAUCUCACUAAGAUAGACAAUUUAAGGGUUUCAAACCGAUAUGGACACCUCAUGUGAGCUGUCUGUUAUAUCCUUUGUCGUAUUAGGGAGAAGGAUUUGGAGCUCAGAGUUGCUGUGACAGGGGCGACUGACCCGGAGAAACAGGCAGAUCGGAUCAAACCGUUUGGAGCAGUGAAUGUUGGCGACCAUGCCAGAAAGAGAAAAGACAGCUGGUACCCACCAGGACAAGCUGUGGACCUACCAGGGGAUGAGUUGAAUGGGAGACCCAGUGAGGAAAACAGAGAGAGGCUUCCCCCUGAGCAGCCCCGUGUGGCCUUCCAGUCCCCCCUGCUGGACUACAGCCACACCCUGGGGCUCAGCAGUGGAGGCAUCUCCUCUUACAGCCAGACCAUUCACAGGAGCAUGGAUACCCCCAGGUAAAAAAAGAAAAUAUGUUGUAUUGUCACAUACACUGGAUAGGUUCAGUGAAAUGUGUUGUUUUACAGGGUCAGCCAUAGUAGUACGGCGCCCUUGGAGCAAAGUAGGGUUAAGUGCCUUGCUCAAAGGCAAAUCGACAAACCUUUCGCUUACUGUCCCAACGCUCGAGCCACUAGGCUACCUGUCACCUAGGUAGCUAUGACAGUAAUCCUGGCUUGCUUCCCAAAUGGCACCCGGGCUCUGAUCAAAAGGGCGCCAUUUUGAAUAGACAAUCUGAUAAAUUCACUACAUUAUUGUUUUGUCUGACAUAAUGAAACAUUGCUGUAUGAUUUUGAAUUUGUUUCAGGAUUCCAGGUUUCCGUCCUCAUCCACCAUCCACAUUGGCAGAUGCCUAUAGAAGUCCCUAUGACGAGGCCCAUCUCUACUAUGGUGCAAGGAACCCACUGGACCCUAACCUGGCCUACUGUAAGCACCACCUACAUACCAGCCUAUUAUAUAGUCUAUAUUAACACAGGAAAAGGAUUCCAUGUUACAAUACACUUAGAAAAAAGGAAAUGGAUAUUGGAGUGAAAGCAAUUUACUGUCCCAAUGUCCAUACUAGCAUACUAUUUAGUAUGCAUAGGAAAUGCGUCACUUCAUACUAAGUAGUGGACACAUUUAGACAUUGGGAUACAAUACAUGUGUUCUCUGAUCCAGCCUAAUGAGUGUUCUGUGUUUCAUUGUUAGAUGGUCAGAUCCCGCUGACAGGAGGGGUGCAGCCCAUGUCCUACCUAAGCCUGCCUCCUGCAGGGCCUCAUCCCAGCCAGAUGGGUCAACACAGCCCUCACAGCCAGCACAGGGGGAGCAGCCAUCCAGAGCCCCCUCCACAGUAUGUGCCGUACCUAUUACAUUCUUUCUCUUCCCUUCAACACCUAGGCUACAUUCCGAUUAUCUACCGUUCUCCUGAAGUAUGCACUUGUACACUCCCCCUCAUUGAUUGAAAAGGAAUGGACUGCUGUGAGGAAUAUGGGGGAGUGAACGAGUGCCCACUUCUGUAGAAGGGUAGAGAAUCUGGACUGUUUCUCUUCAACACCUACAAAUGAGUAUAUCCCCUAUUCACCAGUAGGGGGCUCCUCUAAAGCUACAAACAGAGAGCUUUUCCCCCUAUCGGUGGCCAGUGUUCUAUUAUGAGAAGGUCAUGCCCACUGGCCAUCUGGACAGACGGGAGUGUUGUUCCCUCCCUGCCUAGUCACUGCUGCAGCCUGCACUGGUCUGGUCUGGACAGAUAGGAGUGUUGUUCCCUCCCUGCCUAGUCACUGCUGCAGCCUGCACUGGUCUGGUCUGGACAGAUGGGAGUGUUGUUCCCUCCCUGCCUAGUCACUGCUGCAGCCUGCACUGGUCUGGUCUGGACAGAUGGGAGUGUUGUUCCCUCCCUGCUGAGUCACUGCUGCACUGGUCUGGACUGCUCUGAGCUGUCUCUCUCUCUCUCGCUCUCUCGCCUCCUAGUGGCUGCAUAAACAUCUUUCACAGUGAUACAUUGACAUUCAUUACAUAAGGCAUGAAAAGUGACAAACCACCAAUUGUGUUUCCCAUACCUUUUUGCAUAGUAUUGAUCAUUUCAAAUUGAUCAGCUUUUUAUAGUAAUGAACAGAAGGAAUACAUGAGUGAAUUAACAUUUAGACUCUCGUUCAGCAGACCUGCCAGUGAUGCUGCUACCAUGGGUUCAGGGAUUGGAUUAUUCCCUGCAGAGCAGGUCAAGCCAUCUAAAGAGAGUGCGAUAAGUUACAAGGAGGCACUAAGACAACAGGUACAUUUUGAAUGUGAUUGUGGAAGUCAGCAGUGUCUUUCGCCUACAUACAUUUUGUCACAGAGUGUGCUAUUUCGGCAGGGAGACACCAGGAAAGAGAGGAGUCAGAUUUUUUGCCAGGUAACAUAGAUGAGUUGUAGAUUGAUAUAGAAUAUUACAAGUGUUUAUAAAAAGUGUUUAACUGAAUAUGUAUAGACAUUCCAACAACAAUAUACUAUUGCAUUCCAGCCUCUUCCAUUGCCUUCUUUGUGUGACCGGUGAUGACCCGUUAUUUGUGUUUAUGGUAUUCUGAUCAAAGUGUUCCAUCCUAACCUGACAACAGAUCCAGGAGAGACGGGAGCGGCGGAGGCUGGACAGGGAGGAGGCAGAUCGCUAUGAGGCCAAGCUGGAGGCUGACAUGAAGAACCACAACCCCUGGGGGAGAGGAGGAGGAGGAGCCCCUCUCAGAGACAGCAGGGGCAACCUCAUCAGUGUGUUCCCUCUGCUAUUUCCCUCCCUCCACACUAUGAUUCACAUAUUCUCUAAACUUUGUUUCAGUACAUACGUUUUGGAGACUGAUAGCAGAGAAAAGCCAAUGUGUAAUGUUUUUUAAUCUUUGUUAAGAUUAUUGCUAAUCAUAAUCGUGUGAAUUGUGUCACCAGCCGAUCUGCACCAGAUGCACAAGCAUAAUGAAGAGGCCUACAUCAACCCCAAGUCAUGGCAGAAGAGCGCAACAGCCACCAUGGCAGUACUCCGAGAGGAGGACACUAGACCUCCCUCCACCCACAGAGUCUCAGGUAGAUACAGUGGUUUUCACAUUGAUGUGAUUCUCUAUCAGGAGUCUAAGGACAGAGAGGAAAGCUGUCCCACAAGGUACCCUAUUCCCUUCAUAGUGCACUACUUUUGACCAAAGCCCUAUGGGUCCUGGUCUAGGCUGCCAUUUGGGACACAACCCAAAGUGGUAGUGGCACCCUCAGUAAUCUCUGUUAACCCAGAUCUAAAGUCUUGUGUAAUUGGUCAGAUGCACGAUUAAGGUCUGGGUCCAUACGUGUUAAGAGAAGAGAGCGAGCGAGAAUGAGGAUCGGAACUGGAAUGAAGAGCUCCACCCUCUCUCUCUUUGCAAGUCUAUGGGCCAAAUGUCCCCUCCCCUUCGGAAAUUCGAAAGAUGCUAACACCUGCGAAAUCAUGAUUUGUCCAAAUAAUCAGUGACGAAAAACCCAAGCACCGGAACUAAUGCUUGUCGUUAUCUCACGCAUCCCGUUGUAUCAUGACAGACCUACGGUACUAUUUAUGUUUACGUAGUCUGUCCACGAGAGAUUACAGCCUCAACCUGUCCAACUCACUGUCAGGUUCAGCUAAUAUGUUGUUUUGUCUGGUGGGUUUCUCUCUCAACAGGUUUUGUUCAGGCCCCUUCGUUUGCCAGAGGCAAUAUUUUUGGGAACCUGCCCACUCCACUGCAGGUCCAUGAACAGGAAAAGUACAAGGCUUACCUCAAACAACAGGUACUGGAUGUUAUACAUCAGUGCUGGUCCUCUGUAGCUCAGCUGGUAGAGCAUGGCGCUUGUAACGCCAGGGUAAUGGGUUCGAUCCCCGGGACCACCCAUACGUAAAAAUGUAUGCACACAUGACUAAGUCGCUUUGGAUAAAAGCGUCUGCUAAAUGUCAUAUUAUUAUUAUUAUUACUGUGUGAAAGAUGGCUAGAGUAGCGUUUUCAUAUUAUCAGCUGAAAUAAACCUUACCCUAAGCGUGAUCAGAAAUCACAUUAAAAAAAGCUUAUUACAGAGCUUAAACUCACAAUGUUGUACUAAAGCGCAUUGAUGGUUUGGUUAACCUUACACUCAGCUUUGAUAUGUGAUUGGAUACACACAUACAGACUGUCUCACUGAUGACCCUGGUUGUCUGUCCUGCUGCCUAAGAUUGAGGAGAAGCGGAGGAAGGAUGCGGAGGAGCGAGAGCGCCAGAGGUUGGAGGAGGAGAAGGAGGAGAAGAGGCUGGCUGAGCAGAGGGAACGCAUCCAGAGAGAGUAUGAAGAAGAACAGGAUAGGAAGAAACGCAAGGAGAUGGACGUCAGUAUUAACUCGACCAGGGCUUGGAUUCACUAAGGGGGCUUUAGCAUUAGAUUACACUGCAAUACUCAUAUCUACUACUACGAGUAACAUUGCUAUCAGCUGAAUGCUAUCGUUUGACAUGAGUCAUUCAGUUCAGUAAACUUUAUUGCAACACACUCACUCACUCAGGGGACUGAGCAACAUUUUUCUCCCUCCAGCAAAAAGCCAAGAAUGAGGCGCUGAUCCGUCUGGCUGAGGAGCGAAAGAAAGAGGUGGAGAGGAAGAAGAAGAAGAAAGAGGUAGAGGAGAUGGAGAACUCUGCCCUGAGGAAGCAGUAUGAGGAGGAGAGACGGGCACGCCUAGAGGUGAGCUCACUGGAAGACUGUUUGACCCUCUGAACAUUAAGGGAAAGGGGGAUACCUAGUCAACUGAAUGCAUCAAUUGAAAUGUGUCUUCCACAUUUAACCCAACCCCUCUGAAUCAGAGAGGAGAAGGGGGCUGCCUUAAUCGACAUCCACGUCAUCGGCGCCCGGGGAACAGUGGGUUAACUGCCUUUCUCAGGGGCAGAACGACACAUUUUUACCAUCUCAGCUUGGGGAUUCGAUCCAGCAACCUUUCGGUUACUGGCCCAAAUAAGCCUAGUCCUGGACUAAAAAGCAUGCUAAAUGAAGAAUAUCUAUUGAAAGGGCUUUUUAGUCAGGAAGCAGGCCCUGAGAGAUUCAUAUGAGGUAAGUGAUGACAUUCAUGUGGUUGUCUGUCUGAAGGUACCAAGGGAGCCGUCUCCCCCCAUUCCCACCCUCCAAAAGAGGCGUCAAGCUCCCCAGUACACCCCCAGACCUCCGUCCAUGGACAGCCCUCGCGCUACUACCGUCCCCCUGUCUGUGAGUGACUUCCAGAGCACACAGUAUGUCCUCUUCCACACCACCAUGGAGGGAAAUCGUUUGACUGUGAGGAGAUGUCAGUGGAGCAUAAUGACUGGAUCUUGUCUUCCACCCUCUCUUCCCCCUGUAGGAGCGUUCUCUGUCAGGCCUCCAGUCCCCCCCAGUCCCAGCUCGCAGGAACCAGCUGAGAGCUGCCGGUAACACUGCCUCACACUAUUGUACAGUACACAGCAGGUAGAAACUCCAUUAUCUCUCAACGUCUGUGAUGCUGACGUGUGUGUAUGUGUGUGCCAGAGGACCAGCGGGGUGUGAUCAGCGAGCUGUCGGAGCUGCGCAGACAGCUGCGUAGCGAGCAGAAACGACUGGAGGGCCAGCUACUGCAGUCAGAGUGGGAGGAGCUGGACUCCUCUAUGAGUGACAGGUAAGGCUGGUGAGGUGAUACCCUCCACUGUUGGUCGCGUGGCUUCAGCAAUCCAAAGGUUCAGGCUGUGUGUUAUUUGUAGUGCUGUGCGUUAGUGAUGCGGUGUUUGACUCAUAACCCCCAGUCCCCACAGUUAUAUCCGUGGGGCGGACAGGUUUAGGGUAAUUAAAUAUUGUGUGGAUGAAGAGUGGGUGGCGGGUGGGUUGAAAAAAUAGAAAACAAUACCUUAAAUCAAUAAAUGUAUAAUUCUUGUACAAUUUAUAUCUAGUGAGCUUUAGGGCCUAACUGUACGCGUGCCAAAUAGCCUACACACCAAUCGCCAAAUGCUUUUGGGAAUGGGCAGAAAAAGUUAACAUCAAUCCCGUUGGAAAUUAUAUAGAAGGGAGGGGCAGAAAAGUAAUGUUUGGGAAAGAUUUGGUGAAGUGGUAAAAGAGGAUGAUAGCAGUGUUAUGUGUGGUGAUUGUGAGGCGCUAUACAAAUUUGAUUGUCACAAGACUGGGACUUCAAAUAGGCCUAUGGCAUGUCAAGGGAACUGUAGCCUACUGUUCAGAUGGGUUAAAUGGAAAGUGAAAUCUGGACACUGACUGUAGGUCUAUAACCGAUCGCAUAGCCUUAAUAUUAACUUCUGCAGAAUUAAGCAUGUCUUGCAGUAAAGUUAUACACCAAAUGUAGGCAACAUUUUGACUCUGGAACAGCAGUGGAGAAAUAUGAUUUUUCUUUCAGCAUCUUGAGAGAAUGCGAAUGCUCAGUUAGCACCUCUACAGACGGUAUACAUUUUUUUGCCGCCUUUUUCGCCCCAAUUUCGUGAUUUAAGAUCUUGUCUCAUCGCUGCAACUCCCCAACGGGCUCGGGAGAGGCAAAGGUCGAGUCAUGCGUCUUCCGAAACAUUACCCGCCAAACCGCGCUUCUUUACACCCACUCGCUUAACCCGGAAGCCAGCUGCACCAAUGUGUUGGAGGAAACACCGUUCAACUGACGAUCAAAGUCAGCCUGCGGGCGCCCGGCCCACCACAAGGAGUCACUAGAGCGCGAUGAGCCAAGUAAAACCCCCCCGGCCAAACCCUCCCCUAACCCAGACGACGCUGGGCCAAUUGUGCGCCGCUCUAUGGGACUCCUGGUCAAGGCCGGAGACGAUAUCUAUCUUUAUCAGCAUCAUAAAAGCUAAUAGUAUUUCAACCACAUAAAAUAUGCAUCCAAGCCGAACUGAAAUUGUAUCAGAAACAUGUUUGGGACUUUUCCCCAGAUGUCUAUUUCUUUACAACCGGGCAAACUGAUGUAAUUUGGACAUUUUGCUCUGAAAAUCUUUCAAGUUUUUUGUUGUUGAGUUAUUGCACUUUCUCCCCGUUCCCUAAACGUCUGUCCUCCACGAAAGAAGAUUACAGAGAACUUGUCAACUAUACUGAACAAAAAUAUAAACGCAACAUGCAACAAUCUCAAAGAUUUUACUGAGUUACAGUUCAUAUAUGGAAAUCAGUCAAUUGAAAUAAAUAAAUUAGGCCCUAAUUUAUGGAUUUCACAUGACUGGGAAUACAGAUACAGUAUGGAUCUGUUGGUCGGAGAUACCUUAAUAAAAAUGGGCCUCAAAAUGGGCCUCAGGAUCUCGUCACGGUAUCUCUGUGCAUUCAAAUUGCCAUCAAUAAAAUGCAAUUGUGUUUGUUGUCCGUAGCUUAUGCCUGCCCAAACCAUAACCUCACCGCCACCAUGGGGCACUCUGUUCUCAACGUUGACAUCAGCAAACCGCUCGCCCACAUGACACCAUACAUGUGGUCUGCGGUUGUAAGGCCAGUUGGACAUACUGCCAAAUUCUCUAAAACGACGUUGGAGGUGGCUUAUGUUAGAGACAUGAAGUCAAUUCUCUGGCAACAGCUCUGGUGGACAUUCCUGCAGUCAGCAUGCCAAUUGCACGCUCCCUCAAAACCUGAGACAUCUGUGGCAUUGUGUUGUGUGACAAAACUGCACAUUUUUGAGUGGCCUUUUAUUGACCCCAGCACAAGGUACACCUGUGUAAUGAUCAUGCUGUUUAAUCAGCUUCUUGAUAUUCCACAGCUGUCAGGUAGAUGGAUUAUCUUGGCAAAGGAGAAAUGCUCACUAACAGGAAUAUAAAAAAAGUUCUGCACCGAAUUUGAGAGAAAUAAGUAUUUUGUGCGUAUGGAAAUGUUCUGGGAUCUUUUAUUUAAGCUCAUGAAACGUGACCAACGCUUUACAUGUAUUAUAUUUUUGUUCAGUGUAGAUUGAAGCAUUCAUUCUAUUGAUGUAUGACAUUCUGGUGAGCAAGGGUUUAUUUAGUCUUCUAGGGCAUUAAUGACAGAAGAGAAGCUGCAUGUAUCUAAUUAUAGACAAUUUGACUAACAAAUAGUCUACCAAAAUGUCGGAAAUUAUAAGCAGAAACAUUUCUAAAUCAGGCAAAAAAAAUCCUGCACCCCCUGUCAAAAUAAUUCUGCUGUCUUUGACUGUAGCUUACAGCGCAUUUUCUAUAUUAGCGGUUAGGGUCAGGUGGAACUCCGAUUUUCACUUUAUCACAUAGUCAGGCGGUUGUGGAUGGGUUAUUAGCAAUUGUGGGCGGGUGCGGGUGAACAAACAGCGGACCCGUGCACCACUACUGUGCGUUUAACUGUAGUGCUCUUUGUUGACUUUAAGUUAGGUGAUAGCUGCAGUGUCCUGUCUAUAGGCUGUGUGUUGUUAUAGUGCUGUGUGUCUAUGCUGACCGGAGCUGUGUGCCGUUGUCUAGGCUGCAUGUUGGCUGUAGUGCUGUGUGUCCAGGCUGACCGGAGCUGUGUGCCGUUGUCUAGGCUGCAUGUUGGCUGUAGUGCUGUGUGUCCAGGCUGACCGGAGCUGUGUGCCGUUGUCUAGGCUGCAUGUUGGCUGUAGUGCUGUGUGUCCAGGCUGACCGGAGCUGUGUGCCGUUGUCUAGGCUGCAUGUUGGCUGUAGUGCUGUGUGUCCAGGCUGACCGGAGCUGUGUGCCGUUGUCUAGGCUGCAUGUUGGCUGUAGUGCAGGCCAGGAGUAGGCAACUAGAUUCAGCCGUGGGACGAUUUUUGUCAGAGUGGAUGGUCGGGGGGCCGGAACAUAAUUAUAAUAAUUUAUACACUGCAAAUUGACCACAACUAAGCCCUAAAAUAAAUUGUAUUUGAAAAUAACAAUCAUAUCUUGAUUACAUUGAGACACGAUCACAUCUCUCUUUUUUUAUUUUCUUCCUGGGAAUACUUUGUAAGAGUUUUCCCGAAAUUAUACUAAUUUUUAGCUGAAUUCCUGGUGGUUUUAGUCUUUUUCUGACCAAAAACCUUUGGGGGCCAAAGAAAAUAAAAAAAAUCCCCCCAAAAAAGCAGCAUUUUGCCAACCCCUGGUCUAGGCUGUAUGUUAGCCCCAGUGCUGUGUGUCCAGGCUGAUCGAUGUGGCUGUGUGCUGGUGUCCAGGCACAGAGACAGGGAGCGGCCCCAGGUGGAUGUGUUUGACAUUGCCAGACUGCGGCUGCAGGCCCCCGUCAGGAGACCCUCCUCCAGGAACACGGAGCCUAACAACCUGCAUAGAAUCCACGACUCGCUACAGCUCCGAUACAGAGGUAAAGGAAUAAAGUGACUGUUUGAUGAAUAAUGGGCCGGUCCCAAAUGGCACCCUAUUCCCUAUGUCAGGGGUUGUCAAAGUGGGGUCUGCGGACAGAUCUCAAAAUAUAUUUAAAAAAAUAUGUUGGUAUCCACAGUGCUCCACCAAUUAUACAUUUUUCAACUUAACAUCCCAUUUUCUGGGGUUGGUAAUUUAAAGCUAGAAUCCUUAGUUGCUACAUCCAUUUUUGGUAUGGAAUACCAUGAUAUAUACCCAUUGAUUCUUGAAGACUAUAACUUAUAAAUGAGUUUGGUUCUUGUCGUAUCUAAUCAGAACCCAAAAUAUAAGCUUGUUUUACUCCAAUGUUUGUAAACAAUGUAAAUGUAAACAAACACUGUAUAGCCUCAAAACAUGGUUACACUAUAAUGUUGAUAUCAUGGAUGGUCAGUCCUUGCAUCCAUAGCUCUGUCUAUGAAUUUGAGUGCUUACAUUUCUCCAGGCCCAUCCCGCAGCUUUUUACCAAAAGAAGCGUGUAGAAUUGCAGGGAAUUAGCUUGAAAACUGCAGCAUUUUCUUUCCGAUGCCAAGAGGUGGGCCUUUAAAAGGUUUCUUCCAAGGGCCCGAGACUUGGUUAGUCCGGCCAUGCGUUGCCGAAGUCAUAGUAAAAUGAUUUGUUUUGCUAUCGUAAUCUCACUCGAGUUGUGAGGGGGUCCCUGAUUAAUUUUCUAUCACAAAAGGGGUCCCCGGCCUGAAACAUUUGAGAACCCGUGCCCUAUGUAGUGCUCUAUUUCUGACCAGGGCCCAUCGGGUCAGGUCAAAAGUAAUGCACUAUGUGGAAUGGGGUACCAUGUGGAACGUAACCCAGGCCAUUGAUUGUUAAGUCUUAAAGGGCAAUUCUGACACUUUUCAACCUUCUAUUCAUAAUUCCCAGCACGAAAACAGUGUCUACGUGUUUCUAUGAUCUGUUGUUAAGAGGAAAAGUCCUACAAAAAAAAGUUUGGUCACAUCACAGGGUAGGAUUAAAAGUGAUUUUCUAAACCUGCAAUGAGUUUCCAUCCCGGGAUGGUAUUUUAUUGCUCUUCACAUCACUGUCUUUAAAAUGUUUUUUUCUACAAAACGUAGAAAUGCGCCAUUUAAACAUGUUUCCACUGGUAUUUUUGUAAACAUUUGUCAUUUUAGCAGACGCUCUUAUCAGAGCGACUUACAGUUAGUGAGUGCAUACGUUUUCAUAGUGCUGGAGAUAAGGAAAAUGAGGUUGAAAAGUGGUGGAUUUGCCCUUUAACAGCACAGUGUUCAAACAAAUGCAGCAAGUGGGGCUGUGUCUGCACCCUUUUUCCUGUUCCCUUUUCAGUGCACUACUUUUGACCAGGGUGAUGAGUAUUGUCAUGUGUGUAUUGAGUGGAGAAGUCUUUGUUUGUACUGCAGACGUUGACUCCAGAGGGGAGGAAGGCCAUGGUUACUGUGAGCCCCCUAGGGACAGGGACAGGGACAGGGAUGGACAGUGUGUGGACAUCCAGAGACAGGCAGACUACAGGGAGGAGCAACGCAGGAUCAACAACAGCCUGAGGAGGAAACCUGCCGACGGUCAGUAGCACACUCAAUAUCAACCUCUACUCACUGCCUAUAGACUAUCAACCCAACUGCUUAAACACUCACUAUUAAAUACCUGUUGUUCACAUCUCUGUUCACUGCUUCAUCACUAACUAACGUGAGGAUAUUUACGGGUGGAGCACUUGCGUUUUAAGGGCUUAAAUCAUUUGUCUUUUUGUUUUACAGAUUAUUUUGAUCUGUCACCACCCCAGCAACAAAACCAUUAUUUGGUGAGUUUCUACUGGCCAGUUUGUUUAGCUAGUGCCCUGAACCACAGAGUAGUCUCUUUGCUGUACAGUACAUGCUUGUCUGUGUGUGACACUACGCCUGUACACUCUAUUCUCCCCAGAGGAAUGCAGUAGGGGAUCCUAUGAGAGGUUCCCUGUUGGAGUCUGACAGUGCCUUCAUUGGUAAAGCCUCUUGUGGUUCACUACUAUCCAUGUGUAGUAUGGGAAGUAGUGCUUUGAGAAUCACACAACUAAGGCUGCGUCCCAAAUGUCACCGUAUACCCUAAAUAAUGCGCUACUUUUGGGGGGGGGGCAGAUGGGCUCUGGUCGAAAGUAGUACACUAUAGGGAAUAGGGUGCCAUUUGGGACGCACACCAGUUGUUGUAAGGGAAGGAGCGCCUUGAGAAUCACACCACUAACUAUUUAUCUGUGGUUUGCUCCAAGAUCCCAUGGGUGAAGCCUUCCCAGUGUCCCCCCCACCUGAGCAGAAGCCCCAGCUCUCAGCCAGGGAGAGGAGGAGGAGGGGGCUGGCCAAGAGGGCAGACAUGCACAAUGUAAGAACCCUCUGCCUCAAAGAGUUCAAAGUUCAGUCUGAUAUCUGGGACAGUAUUCUCUAAGCAUCUGAGUAGGAGGGCUGAUCUAGGAUCAGGCACCCCUUGUCCUUGUAAUAUUUUUCAUCAUCUAAAAGGCUAAACUGAUCCUAAAUUGGCACUGAGAUGCUUGAUACAUACAACCCCUGAUCCCUAUAUUAUGUGAAUAUAUCCUCACUUCUUAAAUAGAGGACAGUGGCAGCUUUCCAUUGAAAAUGAUAUAUUCCUCUACCAUUAUUAUACCUUGUGCUCUGGCUUGUUUAGGAGCGGGGGAGCUCCAGAGAGCCUGUUGGCCAGCCAGAGAACUACUCCCGCCAGUCAGAGGCCAGUCUCAACACAGAGCAGCAUGGCAGAGAGCGUAACCACCAUAGGACCAAGAGGCUGCUGGCUAUGAGCCGCCAUGGCCUCAGAAGAGGUGGGUGUUGGAUAGAGAUUCAACUGUUGAGAGGCUGUCAGUGCCCCAAUAUGCCGGAAUGGAACAAUUUGUCAGCCAUCUUACCUGGGAGAUCUGUCUAUGAAUCAUUGUUAGGUUGAUGACGAUGAUGGGUUGGAGGUCUCUGUUUACGGUUUCUCUCUCUUCCAGCAGACCUGUCUGGUGAUGAAGACAUGUCUCUGCAGGUUUCCCCUCGCGCCCAAGACACUCGGGGCUCUGUGGAUACGGUUGCCAUGGAGCCGUGGAUGAGGCCAGACACCUCGGAGACGCUGAAGCGCUUAAUGACUGGUCAGACCCCCCGCAGGGAGAGGCUGACCAGCAGAGAGUCGGCCGUGCAGGACUGGAAAGGCCCCUCUACCUAUCAUGGCUAA